AGAGAUGAUCCCCCAAUCCGUAUCUCCACUCAGCUCUCAAGAGCAAGCGGAACCUUUGUGCAGUGACACCGGACGAGAGGCGGACCCUCUGUGUGAACACCAGCACCUUCCGGUUAAAGUUGUUUUGAAUUUUUUUGAAAGCUGGAGCGAGAGAUUGGCAGACAUGUCCACGCUGUUCCCCUCCCUCUUCCCCCGGAUAACGGAGUCCCUGUGGUUCAACUUGGAUCGGCCCUGUGUGGACGAGACCGAGCUGCACCAGCAGGAGCAGCAGCACCAAACCUGGCUGCAGAGCAUCGCUGAGAAGGACAACAACCUGAUGCCCAUCGGGAAACCUAUAUUCGAGCAGGGGGGAUAUGAAGACGAGGAAGAGGAGGAUGACGAGGAUGAGGAGGACAGUGAGGAAGACUCCGAAGACGAAGAGGACAUGCAGGACAUGGAUGAGAUGAAUGACUACAAUGAGUCUCCCGAUGAUGGCGAGAUCAAUGAGGUGGACAUGGAGGGACCAGAUCAAGACCAAGACCAAUGGAUGAUUUAAGAUGACCAAUGAUGAAGCUGUUUGGCACUGGAUAUUUUACUUCUCACGUAAAACAUGACUGCAGCCCCCUCAGACGAAGACACAGAUAUAUUUCAUUUUUUUGUGUAAACAGGAAUAAGAAUAGUACUGAAUCAAAGUUGUACCAAGGUGCUUCGGAAGCAGAUCAGGUAAAUCCAGUACAAGUGUCUUAUGUCAAGCUUCAGUUUGGACGCCGGUGGAAAUAGCUGAGCAUUGCUACCUGGCAUACGUUCACAGUGUUACAACACUGGCAGCUGUCGUCUGACUUUUCUAUUAAUUGCAAUGUGUGAAUCGCACACACACACCCACACACACACCCGCACAAAACUGUAUCGUUUUAAAAUAUGACCUUGUCAUAUGGUCAGUCAUGUGGCACUUCUCUGAUGGCCUCCAAACAGCUGACUAAGGUCAAACAACACUUCAGUCAGCAAAAUAAUUUGUUACCUAUAAAGGAGAUGUCACCAUAUGGUACAAUUGUGUUUCAGAGCAGUGUUGUGUGUGCUGCCAAUCUUUUGUUACAGAUAUCUGAAUUUUCUUAAGAGCUUGUGAAAUAGGUUUCUGUUCAGACACCUCUUUUCGAAAUGCAUUGUAAUAUAAUGUGACAAUGUCAGCAGCCAUUAACCACUGAAGAAUCAGAAUGUAAGUAUGAACUCAGUCUAUCCAAUUUCUUAGGUUCUCCUGAAGGAGUCCUUACAGACAUGUUGAUUAUUUGUACUGAAAUGAACAGGAGCCGUGAUUAUUUGUAUUAAAUUAUUUUGAUGAAACCAA